AUGUUGUGCGUACAUCCAUCCGAUCAUGCGGAUGGUAGAAAGGGCUUGAUCUACAAGCUAGCCCAUGCCUGUCACAUUCGCCAAUGGAGAAAUAAAUGCGGCAUGCGUCGCCCAUCACUGGGACAGAAUGAAGACGACCUUAGUCGUCUGACAACGAUUAUCUCCCCGACCAGUAUCAGCCUUUCAUCGAACGGUCAGUCUGACCCGGUGGUGGUAGUCGAUCGUCACGAUGUCGUUAGCUGCGGUCGAACAAAAACGAACGGCAGUAGUAGUAGCAGCAGCAGCAGCAGCAAUAGCAGCAGCAGCAGCAGUAGCACUAGCAUCAGCAAUGGCGUCGGCAAUACGAUCAGCAAAACCAGCAGCAGCAGCAGCAGCAGCAGCAAUUGCCCUGCAAGCAACAACAGUGCCGGCGGACUUGCCAGUGUUGAUGGUAGCAGCGCAGCAAGUCGUAAAGGGAGCAAGAAGUGCAGCAGUAGCAGCAGCAGCAGCCACAGCAUCAACAGCAGCAGUAGCAACGAUGAGAGAGUGAAUGUAAUCGGUGGCAACAACAGCAUCAGUAGCGAUGACGUUGAUAUUGGUGAUGGUGGAGACGAGCCGCAGUGCACUCUACCGGCACCUCCACCGACGGUACUGGUCAAUCAGUAUCUGCCGAAUCUGAUCAACUCGUCCGAGUGGCAGAAUUGCCGCAAGCGCAAGGAACGUCAGGAUAGUACCUCCUCGAUCAGCCAGGACCGGAAGCUUAUCCGCUCGAACAGUGAGGAACAUCUGCCCAACUGUCAGGAGGUUAUCAGGCGGGUGUCAUCGCACGAAGACUUCAAGAAACGAACGGCAGGCGUAGUGUUGGUAGAGAUUUCGAUCGACAAAGAGAACAUCAUCGCGGAGGAAACGAUCGACGGUGAGAUUGAUGAGGAUGGUGGUGUACAGCAACAGCAGCAGGUGUUUGAGAAGAAUCUGAAAAACAGUGCGGAUGAUUUGAAGAAAUUCUUCAUCGGAAGUGUUGAAAGUGUUGGCAAUGGUGGUAAGGAUCAUCACCACCAUUCUCAUCACCAUCAUCACCACCAUCAUCAUGGUAACCAUCUGUACCAUCAUCUAGGUGGAAAUCACCAUCUGCAUCAUUCCGGGAGCAAAUCACAGCAAUCGCAUCAUCGUCUAUCGCCGUGCCGUGACAUUCUUAAGUCCCGCCGUGACUCGGACAGUGAGCAGGAUGGUGAGCACGAGCGGCGACGGCACUGUGAGCGUUUCUCCAAGACACGUCCACCGCCUGGUCGAAAGUCGGUAUCGCCUCGUGCCCGGAACAGCUCGUCGAAGCACACGAAGCUCGCAGUGAAGGCAGCCACCGUUGGUGGAUCGGUGUUGUUAGCUGGAAAUGAUCAUUUCUACUCCAAGCACGAUACACACCCGAGCGGUAAAUUGGAACGGCGAGUACGAUCCUCUAGCAAGCACCGAGAGCACCACCAGCAGCAGCAGCAGCAAGAUGCCACACUGCAGGACGAUACUAUGAUGGGGGAUGGGGCGAUUCCAUUGUCAGACUACAAUGACAACAACGUGCUGGAGAAGAACCAAGCCAUCGAGGAAGUAUCCAAGUUAAUCGAUGAUGAAGAGAUAGAACCACUGCGGCAGGAACAGAAGCCAGAAGUACAGGAACCACUUUCACCACGCGAAAAGCUUCCCUGGGGCCAAUCCUAUCCGGAUGAUACACCGGCGCUGGUCUGUCAACGGUUUGCCGACGAUAAGUUUGAUCAUGCCAAGCGCAUGGAUUCGGCAUCGCACGCCAAACUGCGUCCGGUCGCUUCCGGAAGCUCGUUGAAGCUGUACGGUGCGCAUCAUAUGAGUGCGGAAAAUGCACCCUCAUCAGCCUUGCAUCAUCACCAUCAUCAGAAAUCGGGCUCUGGACCUACUGCUGCCGCUAACAACAUGUUCGACGAGCGUAUAAAAACGAUCAACCGGAAGCUCGGUACGUUGAAGAAGAAGCUAACACAGUUCGAGGAUCGGUUCGAGCUCGAGAAUGGGUGUCGUCCAACACACGGUGACAAGUCGGCUGAUCCGGCAACGAAAAGUGUGCUGGUGGAGAUACACAAGCUGCGCAAGGAGAAGAAUCAGAUCAAAGCGGAUUUGGCCGUAUUUUCGGCGAAAGUAUCAUCAGCACAUGGUGGAACCAUGCUGGCGGGACAGAGGCAGCAGACCAGCGGUGAGAACGUGGAGGAUGAUACAGCAGAAGAGAAACGGUUGGCCAAGAUGAAGGAUACGAUUGCGGACAUUGAAAAGCGCCUCUCGGAGAAACGUGACACGGAACAACGGAGCGAAAAUCUGGAGAUGCUGUCGAACGUGCAGCUGACGGAGGAGAAAGCCUCCGUCCAGCGUGCCCUACUGUAUCUGGAGUCCAUGUAUGGUCGACCGGCGAGCCGCGAGGAACGUGACGCGGCCCGACCCCUGUACGACCGAUACCGGCUAAUCAAACGGCUGGUGAAUCGUGCCAACUCGAUCAGUGGCCCGUGCGGUGUGGCCAACUCACAGAUGCCAACCAUUCUUGAGCACGAGGCGCUCGCAAUCGUUGGUACAACGACACCGUCCACAGAUAUCUCACCCCCAUCGGCCACCUCCAUGAUCCAGUCGCCUACGGACACAACGACCGCCAGCAGCAGCACCACCACCACCACCGGUCAGCUAUCAGCGGACGAUUCCGAAGGUAAUGCCACCAUCUCGACCACAACAACCAACAACACGACCAGCAGUUCCGCAACGGAAAACAUCCACUCAAUGACGGCGGACGAACUGUGGCAGCAUUACGAUGCGACACGCGAAGAAAAGAAGGAACUGCGCCGCACGAUCAAAGACUUUGAGCAACAGUUCGAAGAGACGACCGGCCGGAAGAUGCUUAAAUCGGACCGCAAAUCGAUCGAGGAUACGUACGCUCUCUACAAGCAGAAGAAGGCCAAACUGCGGCUAAUCGAUGCACUCUUCAAGAAGCAAAUGCAGGCUUAA